AACAAAACCCAAUGCGAAUUGAUAAGAAAAUAUACACAGACAUACGUCAAUAAAUUGGAUGAAAAUGAGCUUAAUGUUGAAACAAUUUCAAAGGCAAGCACUUCUACGAAAGUAAUCAAAAAUACUACCGGACAAAAUGGCAGGUUGGCAUCACCGAUGCAAAAACAAACAAAACAAAAAAGAGAUAACUUGUUUUUUCGCAUCGCAAAUACAAUUCUUCCUAAACAAAUCAGUCUUAAAUCUGAACUCAGGGAAAUAACAUUGUUAGUCACAAACCUACAUAAAAUCCCCGCCAGCAGAUCAAAACAAAAUGUUAAUAAAUUCAUUCAUGAGUAUAUUUUUGUUUAUGGGAAUGGCGAACGGUGUGCCAUUCAAUAUAAAUCUUAAAUGUUUGGAAUCAACUCCGGUGGAUGGACAAUCUUUCCAAGAACAGCAAGAACAAGUAGUUUGCACUGAUAUACAAGAAUUGAAAGAUGUAAACGGACAAAGAAACUGGAAGCAUUUAAUUGUUUUCAACGAAAACAAACAAGCAUUUCAAAUUAAUGACAUCAAUAGCAAUUUUAGUGCAUUGGAAACAUUGGACUUAUCCCGAAUUGGCGAAUUAGAACUCAACGAUGAUGCCUUCAAAGCAAUGCAGAAUCUUUUGUUUUUGAAUAUAUCAGGAACUGGCAUAGAAUCGCUCAGCGGCAUACAUUUUUCCCCCUACAACAAAUUGGAAAAUCUCGAUGCUAGUUGGAAUACCUUAACGGAGUUGAGAUUUGACUUAAAAAGCAGAUUACUGUAUUUACAGUAUGGAAACUUUUCACACAAUGCGCUAACGAAAAUCGAGGAAGAUGACUGGAAAGUAUUUCAAAAAUUAAAAUGUCUGCAUUUGGACAACAAUGAAUUGAAAACCGUCAGUUUCCAUGAUUAUCCGCAACUUCAAGUGCUGACUUUAAGUGACAAUCGAAUUGAAGAGCUUACGGUCAAAUCAUUCAGUGGUCUGCAAAGAAUGGAGGAAUUAAACAUAACAUCAAAUCCUUUGCGCCACAUUGGAAAGCACACUUUCAGUAGCAUGACACAAUUAAAAGCUCUAAAUUUAUCUGCGAAUAGCUUAGAACUUCUAGAUGUCGACGUAUUUGCAGGUCUCAAUCGAUUAUUGUGUUUAGAUUUAAAUUCCAACGACCUCAAAGAACUGGCGGAAAACCAAUUUCAAUAUUUAAUUAAACUGCAAUAUUUAGACUUGAGUCGUAAUCGUUUGACGGCCCUUAAUUCGACCGCUUUUAAACAUCUUUCAUCGUUGAGAAAACUCUAUCUACAUGAGAACGAUUUGAAGGCGUUGACAACGAAUACCUUUGCCUGGUUAACUGCCUUGGAUACCCUGGACUUGUCACAAAACUCGCUAGAAUAUCUGGAUGCCGACUUGUUUGGCUCGUCGACAUUGCCACGCUUGAAAAAACUAAUAUUGAAAACGAAUAACAUCAAACGUUUGCAUCCGUUUGCCUUCGCCUCUCUACCAUUCAUUCAGUAUCUGUCGUUGGGCAACAACGAACUUACCACAUUAGAUGUUCGAAUGUUUGCCCCAAUGCGACGACUGGAUAAAUUACAUUUGGGAAAUAAUCUUUUGGAAGUCAUACAGCCCGAAGUUCUGGACAGUCUAACCGAUGUUGGUGAGUUACUCAUAGACAAUAAUCGUCUUUCAUUUUUGCCCGACACCAAUGCCACCUUUCCGCGGCUACGAAAAGUAUCAAUUGAAGGCAAUCCGUGGCAGUGUCCUUGUCUGAACGAAUUGAUGGAGUUUUUGGAAAUACGCCAAAUAAGCUAUGUCCGUGAUCAUAGCCCCUACUACAGUGGAAAACGGCCGUUGUGUGUUGUCACCUCUGUGGAUGCAUGUGUCAAGGAUAUUAGCUUGGUGAAGGAAUAUGGAAUUGAAGAUAUAUAUAAUACGGCGUAAACCAUAUUGUUUAGUUUUAGUUUCAUGAGAUUAUAUAAGACUACAUAAACUUUGAUAAUGAACAUUUUUUUAAUAAAUAAGUAUUGUAAUCGAUAUUGUUUUUUACGGGCCAAAAAGUCAGUAACUUUUAAAGAGAAGGAGAACUUCCCAGCUGAAGAAUGUUACUAUUGUAU